AUGGCUGGUGAAAUUGAAGCUCUGAAGAAUGUCGCUACACGCCUUCGAAUAAACUCAGUGAAGUCUACUGAGGCAGCGGGAUCAGGUCACCCAACAUCAUGUGCCUCCUUGGCGGAAAUAAUGUCUGUGCUUUUCCUGAAGGAAAUGCAUUUCAAGCCCGACUCACCGAAAAAUCCUUCAAACGACAGGUUCGUUUUGUCGAAGGGUCAUGCAGCUCCAAUUCUCUAUGCAGCAUGGUCAGAAGUUGGUUUGUUUCCUGAGUCGGAACUGCUCAAUUUACGUAAGAUCGACUGCGACUUGGAGGGGCACCCUACUCCUCGUUUGCCUUUCGUCGAUGUGUCAACAGGAUCCUUAGGGCAAGGUAUUAGUAAUGCUGCUGGUAUGGCAUAUGUCGGGAAAUAUAUUGACAAAGCUAGCUACCGGGUGUAUUGUGUAGUGGGAGAUGGAGAGUCCGCCGAAGGUAGUGUCUGGGAGGCACUCGCAUUUUCUUCAUACUACAAACUGGACAACUUAGUUAUAAUUUUCGACGUUAAUCGUCUCGGACAAAGUCAACCAACACAAUUACAGCAUGAUCUUGACACUUAUAAAAAACGAACAGAAGCAUUUGGGUGUCACUCGAUCGUUGUGGAUGGUCAUGAUAUUCAAGAAUUAUUGAAGGCUUUUUCAGUAGCUCGAACUAUCAAAGACAAACCAGUCGCUUUGAUUUGUAAGACAUUCAAAGGUCAAGGAUUUCCUGGAAUUGCAGAUCAAGAUAAUUGGCAUGGAAAGCCUCUUGGAGCUAAAGCCAAAGAAGUUUUGGAACAUUUAAAUGCUCAGUUAAAGGCCAAAGAUACUAGUGGUCAUCAUCUUGCUCCCUUGAAACCAAAAGAUGACUGUAGUGAACUAAAACUGAUGGGUAGUAUCAAGUUGCCUUCUGCACCACAAUAUAAACUUGGAGACCAGGUGGCCACUCGACUUGCCUAUGGUAAUGCUCUUGCUCGUAUUGGACAAACCUGUGACAGGGUUAUAGCUCUUGAUGGAGAUACUAAAAACUCGACUUUCAGCAUUAAACUUCGCGAUGUUAAACCAAACCAGUUCAUUGAGUGCUUUAUCGCUGAACAGAAUUUAGUUGGUGUCGCUAUUGGUUGUGGCGCUCGGGGAAGAACAAUACCAUUUGCAAGUACAUUUGCAGCUUUCUUCACUCGUGCAUUCGAUCAAAUACGUAUGGGCGCUGUUUCUCAAACUAACUGUAAUUUUGCGGGAUCACAUGUUGGAGUCAGUAUCGGUGAAGAUGGACCAAGUCAGAUGGGUUUAGAAGAUCUGGCUAUGUUCCGUUCUAUCAUUGGUUCCACUGUAUUCUAUCCUUCGGAUGCCGUAUCAGCGGAACGCGCUGUUGAGUUAGCGGCCAAUACCCCAGGAGUUUGUUACAUACGCACUGGCCGACCAAAUCAACCUGUGAUUUAUUCUCCCGAAGAAUCCUUCUCUGUUGGCAAAGGAAAAGUCGUCCGUACAGCAGGAGCUUCUGCGGAUCACUUAACUGUAGUCGGUGGUGGUAUUACCAUAAGCGAAGCUCUAAAGGCAGCUGAUAUUCUUGCAACUGAAAAAAUUAAUAUUCGUGUCAUUGAUCCUUUCACUAUUAAGCCAAUGGAUAAAGAUUUACUUGCAAAGGCUGUAAAAGAAACGUGCAAUAAAGUACUAACAGUAGAAGAUCAUGCUCCUGAAGGAGGUAUCGGAGAUGCGGUUAGUGCAGCGCUUUCACAAUCUGGUGUAAUACAUACUGUACAUCGACUAGGUAUAACAGAAAUACCACAUUCUGGUAAACCAGACGAAUUGAUAGCGAAAUAUGGCAUCGAUGCAAAGGCUAUUGUUCGUGCUGUCAAAACAUUGCUUGGCAAAUAA